UGUUUUUUUCAAAGAUAAACCCAUGGGUUUGGGUUUGGCAAAACCCGACUCAACCCGACCCAUUGUCAGCUCUAAGCCGCUCUGAUCUCUCUCGUUCUCUCCUCUCUCCUCUCCGAAGGGAAAAACAGAAGGGGACUGACGGCGGCAAAGCCAAAACCGUCGCUCGUCCUCGUCUUUCUUCCUUGCUGUCUUUCUGCUAAUGGCCAGAGGAAAAAAAAAGAAGACAACGAGGGUGAUGGCAAUCAAACCCCGUCGAUGACGACGAGACGGCAGCGGAGACAUGAGAAGAAAGGGAGUCGUCGGCGUCGUUCCCGGAUCUCGCCGGCGACGAAGAUGAUGGCGGCAGGGUGGUUGCCCUAUGAGUGGAAAAGAGAAUUAGGGGGUGCCGAUAGCUCAGGGAUCCGUCGGCGUUGCCUGGCGUCAUUAGAACCGAGCGACUGGAAAUUGGAUUUGGCGAAAGGAAGAAGAGGGUCGCUGCCGGCAGCUCUGUGUUUUGCCGGCGACGACAAUGACAAGAGUUAGAGUUUUGUUUUGGGUCUUUGUUCCCUCUUUUUCUGUCUGGUUUUCCUAUGUGUGGGCUCAAGAAGAAGUAAGAAGUGGAAAUGAGGAGAAGGAAGUUGUCAGGAAGGGGAAGAAGAAAAAGCUCCUAGCAGGAAGCUUCGCAGGGGGAAGUUUUUCCAGAGUUUCGUCUUCUGUGUGGAAGAAGAUGAAGAACAAGUCUAUCCGCCUCCCUUUGCUAUAAGAAAGUUACUGUUUCAUAAGAGUUUUGCUAUCCUGUACUACUGUGUUUUCUUCCAUUUCCUUUUAGGUCACUCGCACCUUGGUUGUUUGUGGCCAUGCUUGGUGUGGAACGUGUCACUCUACCUCCGCUUCGUAUGUUUAAAUACAAUUGUUGUCCAUACGUGCUCAAAGGUAUGCAUUGUAUGGGAUAUAAUUGAGCGAACUUUGGCUAUGCAACAUUCUUGAGUUAAACUGUAUUUAUAUUUUUCGAGCAGUGUUUGUGGACAAAAGUUACAAACAAUGAACGAAGCC